CACUAACCUGGCACAGUGUGUGUUGCUCUUGACACUAACUACACAACAACAGCACUAACCUGGCACAGUGUGUGGGGCUCUUGACACUAACUACACAACAACAGCACUAACCUGGCAGUGUGUGUUGCUCUUGACACUAAAUACACAACAACAGCACUAACCUGGCCUAGUGUGUGUGUGGCUCUUGACACUAACUACACAACAACAGCACUAACCUGGCCUAGUGUGUGUGUGGCUCUUGACACUAACUACACAACAACAGCACUAACCUGGCCUAGUGUGUGUGUGGCUCUUGACACUAACUACACAACAACAGCACUAACCUGGCCUAGUGUGUGUGUGGCUCUUGACACUAACUACACAACAACAGCACUAACCUGGCAGUGUGUGUGUGUGGCUCUUGACACUAACUACACAACAACAGGACUAACCUGGCACAGUGUGUGUUGCUCUUGACACUAACUACACAACAACAGCACUAACCUGGCACAGUGUGUGGGGCUCUUGACACUAACUACACAACAACAGCACUAUCCUGGCAUAGUAUGUGGGGCUCUUGACACUAACUACACAACAACAGCACUAACCUGGCACAGUGUGUGGCUCUUGACACUAACUACACAACAACAGCACUAACCUGGCAGUGUGUGUGGCUCUUGACACUAACUACACAACAACAGCACUAGCCUGGCACAGUGUGUGUGGCUCUUGACACUAACUACACAACAACAGCACUAACCUGGCAGUGUGUGUGGCUCUUGACACUAAAGACAACCUUCACACGAACUACACCUGCCAUAAAGAAGAAGGAACCAUAAAGCAGCUGACAGCUUGUACCGUAUUUCAUCAAUGGCUAAUGAGAAGGGUUUACCAGUUCAGUUAUAUGGCACAUCGUCUUUGUGCUUUGACAAAGAUGAAUUCAUGAAGGAUGAUUUCUCUGUGGACAAUUUUGUGCGCAUUCACCAGGCUGCCGGCAGCGGGGGCCUGGAGAGCUUACGGGACGAUCUGGGAGUUUACCUUAAGAUCCUUCGAAAUGCAAUGAUUGAACUCAUCAACCGUGACUAUGCUGACUUUGUCAACCUUUCUACCAACCUUACAGGGCUAGAUAGGUUGAUUGAAGCCCUUAAAACCCCACUGGGACAACUCAGGGAAGAAGUUCUGAGUGUGGAGAAGCUGCUAGACGAUGCUAUUUCUACCACAUCUCAGGACUUAGAGAGGAGGCAAACAUUAAUUAAGCAAAAAUCCCUAAUGCACAGGCUUACCCAGAUAUCAAACAGGUUGGAAAGAUUAGAGGCCUUAUUAAAGUGUAGUAGAAAGGAUGCAAGAGAUAGUAUAUGCAGAGUUAUCCACUCCAGCGAGGACCCCAGUUCAGGAGAAGGUGAUCUUGUAGAUCGUUUAGCUGCUGAAGUAAAUCACCUAAAUUUUUUGGUGUCACAUUGUGAGGGUGCAGCUCUUCUUGAUGUCUACAAACCAAGAGUUGCUGAGGUUUGCCAGUAUGUGGAACAUGGCUUAGAGCGUGGCCUUCGUGAGGGAAUCUUGAAUAAAGAUUUGUCUGUGCUCAGACAGACAUUACAUACAUAUGCAAGCCUUGGAAGUGUUAAUCAUGCACACCAGCUUGUUAGGGAGCUGAUGAGAAAAGAACUGGAAGAUAUAAUAAGUGAAUCUGCGCUACGUUCGGAUCCUCGAGGUCUCCCUGGAAUGUACGCAAACACUUUGACAGCAAUCAACAAUGUGUGUCAUCCUUUGCUUUCUGUCACCACAGGUCAAAGGUCAGAUAUAGUAAGGGGCUACAGUUUCUUGGAACGUUCUGCAUGGCCUGAAAUAGUUACAGCUUUAGAGACUGGCACUCAUCAUAUUUUUAACCCUGGAAAUCCUUCCACUUUUCAUCAAAGAUAUCUUGAAACAACAGAAUUCAUAGAGUCCUUUGAAAAACUGCUUGGCUCAAAGGCCAAGAUAAUGGCUUUUCGUGAAAUGAUUGAAUACAAGAGUUUUAUGGAACAUUGGAACCUGCCAGUGUACUUCCAAAUAAGGUAUCAAGAAAUUGGACAAGUAGUAGAAUGCAGUUUAAGUCAUGAAGCUGAUGGUCUUGCACAAAUGGCAUUUAACACCAGUGGAGACUUCAUGUUUGUGUCUUCUCAAACUGUAUGGGAGAGCCUUUUAAAAUGUUUCUCACCAGAUGUGUUCCUUCCACCACUCCUUCAUCGAUUUUGGAAGCUCACAUUGCUUGUCCUCUCACGCUACCGUACCUGGAUCUUUGCUACAACAGACCAAUUAAAAUUGAAAGUAUUAACACCAUUAAAGCUCUCCAAGGAAAGCUCCACCCUCACGAAGACACGCGAGCCACUGAAUCCAAGUGGAGAAAGAUUUUCAAGCAAGUCGGGAGACAAAUCACAAACGCAGUCAAGUUAUACCAGAGACACUGCAGUGGGCUUAGUUCAUGAUGUUAAAAAAAUGGCCAAAAAACUGCCUUCUUUGUACACUCAGUCAGUUGAACCACUUGUAUCUCACCUUCCACCUGAUAAAUUGUCUCUUAUAAGAGCUGAACUAAAUGAGCAAAGCAUUAAAAUAUCAAAUCUGAUCACUGCCCUUAGUGAAGUAAUAAUACAGAAUUUGAUUGAAGUUGCAAAUGGAUCACUUCGUCAAGUAGCAGAUACACCGCGUCUUUAUCGACGUACCAACAGAGCUCCUCCCACAACACACCAGCCAUAUAUAGCAGCUGCAACCUCAGUACUGUCAACAUUUUCAAAUGAUAACUCUGGAAAAGUGGAUUCUCAGCUGAUAGUUCAUUGGCUGACACGGGUGUGCACUGAAGUGUCCCAACAAUAUAAAACAUUGACAUAUGAUGUUUUAAGUUCAGUCCAUAAGAUGGAAGAAAGUCUGAAGAGACUGAAGCGAGCAAGGGACAGAGGAGCUCAGGGCGGUGCUGAAGUUAGUGGAGGAUUGUCCGAUGAUGACAAGAUUCGUAUUCAGAUCUGCCUAGAUGUUGAAUACUUUGGAAGUCAGAUGAAGACCCUCUCCAUUGACGUUAACACAAUCGAUUCAUUCAUCAAUCUUCUGACAAUGGUUCAGAAUGCCCGUGAUGGAAAAUUUGUACCUUGAAUUUAAAUUCUUGUAACCAUACAAUAUUAGCCAUUUUUAUGUACUAGUAUUUGGUAAAAGUGUGAAUUAUAUUGGGUGUAUUGGUUGUUGAUAUAUAUAUCCAUUAAACUGAUAUGUUUUCAAAGUGAAAACAAAAUUGUAUGAAAAUAAAUAAUGUCCAUUG